GAAAUAGAUAGUGUUGAAGUUUCGGGUGAUAUUUGUGCGCGGUUUGCUGUUUAAAAUUCGAAGUAAUUUCUAAAUUAAUUUCUAAUUAAGCAAACGUUGUCGUUUUCAAAUCAAAAUAUGGCGGAUCCAGCGCAAGUCCAAGGGGCAGGAAGUGGAGAAGGGGCAGCGGAAGUAAAACCAACUGAAAUUCCAAAAGUGGAACCCAAAGCAGUUGAGGAAGUCAAAACAGUUGAAAGUGCUUCUAAAAUAGAUAAUGUGCCUGAACAGGCUGUCCCCAAACCAGAAACUGUACAAAUUGCAACUCAAACGUCUGUCUCUGACGCUAAUACGAAAGUAAAUGAAGUUCCGCCAAAAGAUACUGAAGCAAACAAAGAAUCUGUCCCUGAUGUUCAAGCAACAGUAGUGGAUGCUACAGCAACAGUUCCAUCAGUACCUGCUGCUGAAACAAAGGUAGAUGAAGUGAAGUCCGAAGAACCAACAUCAGCUACUUUAAAAAAUGAUGAAACACAGCCACAACAAUCUAGCGAUUGGCAACAAAGAGAACAAGAACUUCUCAACAAGAUUGAAGAAUUGGAAAAGUUUAAGAAGGAAAGGACAGAAGAUGGUUUUAAGUUGGAGCUGAAAGUACGCGAAGAAGAAAUAGAUCUUCUAAAAGCUAGAGUUAAGAAUCUAGAAACGGAACUACAAGCGGCUCUGUCUAAGCCUGGGAAUAAAAACCACGAGUUAGUGGAGAAAAUUAAAGUACAGCAUGAAGAGCUCCUCAGCAAAGCCCGCGGAAUGAUCUUCGACAAAACGAAGAUGGUCAAGAAUCAGGAACUGCAGAUAGAAGCGCUGACGACACAGGUUCAAUCGUUGAAGGAUAUCAAUCAAAUUACUAAGGACUUGCUGGAAAUAAGAAACUCUGAAGUGAAGGCUAUGGAAGAGCGGCUGCAGGUGAUGGAGGCGCGCUUCAAGGCGGAGAAGGAGCGCUACGAGCUCGUGCUGCGGCGCGCGCAGACCAGCACCAACAUCAACGACGACCUGCGCCGCGAGUACGAGACGCAGCUCGCGCUCUUCAAGGAGCUGAGAGCAAAGUACGAGCUGAGAGUCCAAGCGCUGGUCGCCGAGAACAAUCGGCUCAAGGAGUUGCCGAACGGCGGAACGUCGGGGUAGUCGUUAUCAUCGUCGGAGCGAAACGAACAGACACACAGUUAUUUCCUUUCAAAGGAAAUGUAAACAGAUGCACACGUUUGAAAUAAAGGGCACAAAUCUUAAUAACAGUGCUACCAUUCAAUUGUCAUCAGUCUUAUGGAGGAGUUUUAUGAGAAGAAACUCGUUAUGCGACAUUGACUAUAAUAAUUAUAAAAACUUUUUGAUACAAGUAUUAAAAUAGCGUAUCACCGUAAGUCGGAAGUGAAUUCUUAUGAAUCGUACGGGUGGUUUUUGAGGGCCUUUGAUUUUUUUAGGCAAAAUUUUGGUUUAUUCGUUGAAUUCACCAUCGAUAAAUGUUUUAAUCAACUCUUAAUUUUGAAACUAAAAAUAUUUUCCUCCAAAUUUAUUCCAAUUUUUAAACAUCAAAAGGUUUUCAAAUUCUUUGAAGUGACUGCCAGUGAGUUCGUUUUCUCUAACGUUAAAUAUAAACAUAAAAAUAUAACAGAUUGAUGAGAUUUUUUUUGGUAAAACUUUAAAUAAAUCUUUUUGAUCAAUUUGUCUCGAUUUUUAAAACUAAAAUGUUUUUUAUUGUCGUAUAGCAUAUUUGCAGUCACAAAGUGUGACUUGCCCUCGGUCGACAACGUAACGUAUUUUUCGAGUGCGUUUUAUAGUUCAUGUCCUGUUGUGAUUUGUGAUCUGUUUAUGUUUCAUACACAUUGAUUUGAAAAGGACUUAACGUAUAUUAAGACUGUUUUAUAGGAGAGUGUGAAUUAGUAAAAAUUAAUUAAUAAAAAUUAAUAAAUAAUUUAUAAUAUUUUUUAACGAAAACGUCUUUUUAAUAAAGUUACAAAUACUU